AUGUUCAAAUUUGUAGACAAAGUAAUGGAAUGUUAUAAAAAGACCGUUAAAUCUGGACAUUAUAGAUUAAUAAUUUUAAUAACAUUAUACGAGAAAAAAAAUCCAAUAAGUAUAAAAUGUGAACAGAAUUAA